CAAUCCGACUCUGGGAAGAGUCUGCGAUAAAAAGAACAGCGACAUUUUUUGGGCUGUUUUGCACGGUCCCGAUCUGGAUUCUCUAGACAGCGCCUGCCACAUAUACCAAACCCGGACAAAUUUUCCAAUCCCAACAAUUGGAUGACAUAAAUCCAGAUUUCCCAUCUUUAACAUUUUUUUUUUAAUUCCCACUAAAAAUUAAGACUUUGAGGAUUUUGAGGUGAGAUGGGUAAGUGUUCGGUUCUGUGACUAAAGGGCCUCAAAGAAAGCGAGGAUACAAUUUUGGGAGUUUGAGAACUGGGUUUCUCUGCAUAAAAAAAAAUGGUGAAGCUUUGCUUGAUGGCUUCUCAUGGGUACCGUCCGAGCCCGGGUCUUGUUUGUCACCAAGAACAAGGCGUUUGCGGGAUGAUUAAGGAGUGUCAAUCCUACUUGCCAUGUCAGCUGGUGAAACAAGACAUAGUACAAACAAGUUCCUUUGAUCUGAAGUGCAACCGAUUCCAGGAGUAGCCAAAACCAGUUACUACGCUUUGUGAUCCUAAACUGAUGGUUGAUGUCGAUCCAAUAGCACAAAGGCCUAUGGUUAUUGAUAAGCCAGAUGCUUACCUAGACACAGCACACUUUAGCUUUGGGAUAGCUGAAAAGUGCAUAAGACAUGAAAAAAUCUUGAAGUUUCUUAUGUCUGGAUCAAAUGAAGUGGAGAAAGGGGAACUUGAUUUAUCUUUGCUAUCUGAUUUGAUUCAACCAUUGAUGUUUGGUGUGCAUCAGCGGCCUUAUGCUUCUUCCCUAAUUUAUCCAAGUAGCAAAAUGAAUGCCCAGAAUUCUCUUCCAGACUUUGUAGGAGAGAUGGUACAUGAUUCAAAAAUUACAGUUCGUCCAGAUGGUCGAGUUGUACUUACAAGUAGCGGGACUGAGAUGAAAGACAUCCUUUCUGUUGUUGCUGAAUUUUACUUAUCAAGCAACUCAACUAAGUGGAGAAAGCAGUUGGCACUGGUCCCACACAACAACAGGACUCAGAGCAAUGAAGCACAUGCUAGUACCAACCUCUCUUCUCCUCAGUUUGAAGUUGCAAGUAUUGUACCUCCAAAGAGGCAUGAGAAAAUCAAGCUCAAGCCAUCACCAAAGAAGACCUCUAAGAAGUUAGCAAGGGAGAGAGAUUUAUACAGAAAGAAUUAUUUCCAUGCAUGUGAGAACCUUCUUUCUUUGAUGGUUGAUAAGAGACGGCAUGGCAGAACAGCAAUUCUUUCCCUGAAGAAAUCUGGCCCUGAACUUCCGGAGCUCUUGACCCAAUUCUCUGCUGGCAUUGCUGGAACUGGUCUUGCUGUACUUUUCUCUGUUAUUUGUAAGGUAGCUUGUGGAAGAGUUCCAUUUUCUACAUCUAAACUCUUUAGCACUGGCCUUGGUUUUGGGCUAGUUUGGGUCUCAUGGGCAGUUAACAGACUGAGGAACACAGUUGUACAUAUCAGCAAGAAUGCUAGCAAGUUGGGUCUGAAGGAAGAGGAGAUGCUUAAGCAAGUGGAGAAAAGUGUUAAUGAGAUAUACUUCAGAGCUGCAACGUUGAUGCCUGUAUUAGUGCUAAGGUUCGCAUGAAUUCUGAAGAAAAUUCAUGUUCAUAACAGUGUUAGCCGUUUUGGAAAACAUCUUGACUGGCUGGAUAUUCUAAUCACAAAUACCUUGGCUAAAUGUUGAAGAUAAUAUAUUGAUAUUGGACGUGGAUAUCUGAAGAGAGGGGUAGUUGAAGCGUAUGAUAUUCCAAGAAUAGAACUUUGACUUUUUAUGCUAUCCGAAUGGUCUUGUGAUGGCCUUGGGCACAUAUGAGCAGGACUUGAUCCUCUGUAAAGCUUUUGUGUAUAUAUGAUAGUCAUUUAGUUGAAAAUGGAGAGGGUUGUCACUGCCUCAAGCCUAACGAGUAAAGAAAAAGAUACCUUUCAUAUAUAAAAAUACAAUCUUGUCAUUUAGGCUAUUAUUAACAACUAUGAUAGGUAUUUGAUUUGUUGAAUCAAACGCUGUGCAGUGAACAAAUUAGAAAUGAUAAUUAUAAUGGGUCAAGUUUCUGAAUGCUAUAUUUACUUUAUUGAAACAUCCAAGUAUAUUCUCUCGAAAUACAUCUGUCACCCUGUUAAUCACAACUCGUUUGUGAGUAUCUGCUAAUUUCUCUUCUAUGAAAAUACCUUUAAAAAAAAAGAAGAAAAAUUUUAUUCUUUACAAAUUUGUUAAGAAAAGGAAAAUAAACAACAAAUAUCUACAAAAAUACACCGCCCUAAAAAUGCAAAUACCAAGCUUUAAUGGCACUGUAGCAGUGUUCAACGGGACUAUCAUUUUCAAAUUAACCUUAAAACGCUGAUCAAUUUGUGAUUUUCGGAUGGCAA